CUCACCAGGACUCUGGCAUAGUGAAUGGAGUAGAGGCCAGACGCAACUCAAAACCCUACAUGGUCUCUGUACAGGCAAAGAAGACACAUAUCUGUGGGGGUGGGGGGGGGGGGUCCUCGUGUCUGAGAACUUCGUCAUGACAGCCGCCCACUGCUACACUUGGUAUUGAACUAUUUAGAUGAGAAAAUGACUUCUAAAAGUUUAUCAGACUAAAACAUACUGUAUAGCUAAUAUACAGAUUACAAUGCAUUCGGAAAGUAUUCAGACCCCUUGACUUUUUCCACAUUUUGUUACGUUACAGCCUUAUUCUAAAAUUGAUUAAAACAAUUGUUUUCCCUUAUCAAUCUAAUAAAAAGCAUGAGCUGGCGCACACCCUUAUCAAUCUACACACAAUACCCCAUAAUGACAAAGUGACAACAGGUUUUUAGAAAUGUUUUCAAAUGAAAAAAGAAAUACCUUAUUUACAUAACUAUUCAGACCCUUUGCUAUGAGACUCGAAAUUGAGCUUAGGUGCAUCCUGUUUCCAUUGAUCAUCCUUGAGAUGUUUCUACAACUUGAUUGGAGCCCACCUGUGUAAAUUCAAUUGAUUGUACAUGAUUUGGAAAGGCACACACCUGUCUAUAUAAGGUCCUACAAUUGACAGUGCAAGUCAGAGCAAAAACCAAGACAUGAGGUCAAAGGAAUAGUCAGUAGAGCUCCGAGACAGGAUUGUGUCAAGGCAAAGAUCUGGGGAAGGGUACCAAAACAUUUCUACAGCAUUGAAGGUCCCCAAGAACAUAGUGGCCUCCAUCAUUCUUAAAUGGAUGAAGUUUGGAACCACCAAGACUCUUCCUAGAGCUGGCCGCCCGGCCAAACUGAGAAAUCGGGGGAGAAGGGCCUUGGUCAGGGAGGUGACCAAGAUCCCGAUGGUCACUCUGAAGGAGCUCCAGAGUUCCUCUGUGGAGAUGGGAGAAUCUUCCAGAAGGCCAUUGGUGCAGCACUCCACCAGUCAGGCUUUAUGGUUGAGUGGCCAGACGGAAGCCACUCCUCAGUAAAAGGCACUUGACAGCCUGCUUGAAGUUUGCCAAAAGGCACCUAAAGACUCUCAGACCAUGCAAAACAAGAUUUUCUGGUCUGAUGAAACCAAGAUUGAACUCUUUGGCCUGAAUGCCAAGCGUCACGUCUGGAGGAAACCUGGCACCAUCCCUACGGUGAAGCAUGGUGGUGGCAGCAUCAUGCUGUGGGGAUGUUUUUCAGAGGCAGGGACUGGGAGACUAGUCAGGAUCGAGGGAAAGAUGAACAGAGCAAAGUAGAGAGAUCCUUGAUGAAAACCUGCUCCAGAGCACUCAGGACCUCAGACUGGGGCGACGGUUCACCUUCCAACAGGACAACGACCCUAAGCACACAGCCAAGACAACGCAGGAGUGGCUUCAGGACAAGUCUCUGAAUGUCCUUGAGUGGCCCAGCCAGAGCCCGGACUUGAAUCAGAUCGAACAUCUCUGGAGAGACCUGAAAAUAGCUGUGCAUCGACGCUCCCCAUCCAACCUGACAGAGCUUGAGAGGAUCUGCAGAGAAGAAUGGGAGAAACUCUUCAAAUACAGCUGUGCCAAGUUUGUAGCGUCAUACCCAAGAAGACUCGAGGCUGUAAUCACUGCCAAAGAUGCUUCAACAAGGUACUGAGUAAAGGGUCUGAAUACUUAUGUAAAUGUGAUAUUUCAGCUUUUUAUUUUUAAUAACUUUGCACAAACUUCUAAAAACCUGUUUUUGCUUUGUCAUUAUGGGGUAUUGAAUGCAGAUUGAUGAGGGAAAAAAACUAUUUAAUCCAUUUUAGAAAAUGGCUGUAACGUAACAAAAUGUGGAAAAUGUCAAGGGGUCUGAAUACUUUCCGAAUGCACUGUAUAAUCAAUAAUAUGUGGUUCUGUGGGGGUAUCUGUCUAUUAAAAGUUGCACAUUUCCAUUAAUUUGUUAUAUAUUUUAGAAUGCUCAGCAAGUAGACUGUUGUUUCCUCUUCACAGGGGUGUGAAUCUGAUGGUUGUGUUUGGUGCUCAUGACAUUUCAAGGCAGGAAAGCUCUGCUCACAGGAUUGAUAUGAAACAUUACCACAUACAUCCUGGUUACAACUCUAAGACACUUCAGAACGACAUCAUGAUGUUGCAGGUACAUGACAGAGGAAGUAUGCACAAAUAUGAGAAUGUCUCUUAGCUUAGCACACCAUUGCCAAGGUAAUAAAUGCCAACAGACCUUAGAUCAAAUGGUGAAAAAUAAACAAACAUAGUGAGUUUGUUCAAAUCCGGUGCAGUAAUCAUAUAUGAAAACCUUUGAAGAUGAGCAUAAUACUGUUUUGCAUAAUAUCAUAUAGCUUACUCGAGAAUCGACUGUAUCUAACUACAGUCAUAUGCUCCAAAUAUAAAUAGUCAAAACUAAGCCGAAAUGCAAAGUUGUGCAACAGAUCCCUCUCUCUAAGAAAGACCAAGACAUCAAGGCCAAAUCCUACUGUACUGUAGCUGGAUGGGGUGCCACCAAAACAGGCGGCACUGCAAACACACAUCUUCUGGAGAUGAAUGUCACCGUUGUAGACAGAGCCUCCUGCCAGAGAUCAUGGGAGAACACUGCCACCAUAACCCCGUCUAUGAUAUGUGCUGGUGGUACUGCGGCUGAUGAUAAAGGUGUUUGUCAGGUAUGGUCAAAGAAUGUAGUUAAGGUAUGGCCUGAUAAUGCAUUCAUUAUAGAGAAGUGACUUGCCUUGCAGAGUAACUGUUUUUAACCAUGUAUUGCAGGGAGAUUCAGGUGGUCCUCUGGUGUGUAAGGGGACAGCAGUGAGAGUUGUGUCCUUCAAUGAAAAAGGAAACUGCGACAAGCCAAAGAAGCCCAACGUCUACACCAAAAUAUCCAAGUACCUCUCCUUGAUCAAAUGUAUCAUAAAGUAUUAAGGAUCAAGUAUUAAGGAACCAAAUGGAGACAUUGUGCUCUUUAAUUAUUUGUUACUUUUAUUUCUUGUUUUUUUUAGGGUAAGGGCUUGUAAGAAAGCAUUUCACUGUAAGGUCUACACCUGUUGUAUUUGGCGCAUGUGACAAAUAAAAUUUGAUUUGAUUUGAUUUAAUAAAAUGUAAUUCAUCAAACAGAAAAUACCAUCUGUCCUUCAAUAAACUCAGUGUUGUGUGUGAGAAAAAUAUGAAUGCGCGUGUAAGAGAGAGUGUAUAUGCUUGCACGUGAAUGUGUGUAUUUUAGUUAAUUUCCAGUAACAGCCUGAAUUCUUUUCCAUCCUUCACUUCAGACCAAGGGUAUGUGCAAUUAAAUUGAUGACUGAGCUCUUUAAGCCAACAAGUAUACAUAUUUAGACAGCUAGCUCCUCUUACAUCUUCAGCUGUCUUCAUCAAACUCCACCACACGUGGAAACUUGUGGUCAAGACAACAAAGUAACUCUGGUUUCAUGAAGGCGACACAAUGCUUUGAAACCACACCACAGUUUCUGUUCUCAGACCAGAGGACAUGUUAUGUCUGUCUGCCUGCCUGCCUGCUCUGUCCUCUUCUACUACUCUCUCAUCUCACUGCUCUCUACUAUCUCUCUCAUCCUCUCUCUCCUCUAUCUCUCUCUCUCUGUCUCGUCUCUUCUCUCUCUUCUGCUCUCUCUCUCUCUCUCUCUCUCUCUCUCUCCCUCUCCCUCCCUCUCCCUAUGAGGUAUGAAAAUGUAUGCACUCACUAACUGUAAGUCGCUCUGGAUAAGAGCGUCUGCUAAAAUGACUAAAAUGUAAAAAUGUAUACACUACUGCAGGCUAUUAUGAGUAUUCAUGCACUUACCACCAAACAAGACUAAAAAGCCAUCAGCCUGGGCCUGACAUCCAUUUAAAUAACAUUAUAGCAAUGUGUCUAUGAUCACCCACCACCUACAUUAAUGUGUAGAAGGGCCGCCAGAAAUACGGUAAAUGCAGAGACCACGUACCUUGCCUUUACCAGAAGACACCAUACAAGGAUCGAUAGAAUCAUCAUAGAAGUGAAACCACACAGAUGUCAUCGGAAAGACCCCUGUCUAGUGUAUAUAAAGGGGCCAUGUGAAUCAGGUAGUCCUGGAUCGUUUGAUAAGCCCUCCAAGCAAGAUGCACACCAUGAACAAACUUCUACUCACUGUUCUCCUGACCUAUCUGGGACAUUCGGGUAAGUCUCUCUGCUGAACUCAAUGGACACACAUCAAUGAGAUUCUAACAUUUUCCUAUUACCUCACGGUUUAGUUCAUUGUGGGUGUUUUUACUACUUUUACUCUCUCAGUUGCAUUUGGGGGUCAAAUCAUCGAGGGGACAAAAGCCAAGGAGAAUUCCCUGCAGUACAUGGUCUCUGUGCAGAACAAUGGAACGCACACCUGUGGAGGAUUCCUGAUUAGUCCAGACUUUGUGCUAACCGCUGCACACUGUAACAAAGGUACAGUAGUAGCUUAAUUCAAUUACAACUAUACAUUCCAAAUAGUAACAUACAGUUGAAGUCGGAAAUGUACAUACACCUUAGCAAAAUACAUUUAAACUCUGUUUUUCACAGUUCCUGACAUUUAAUCCUAGUAAAAAUUCCCUGUCUUUGGUCAGUUAGGAUCACCACUUUAUUUUAAGAAUGUGAAAUGUCAGAAUAAUAGUAGAGAGAAUUAUUUAUUUCAGCUUUUAUUUAUUUCAUCACAUUCCCAGUGAGUCAGAAGUUGCCUUUAAAUUGUUUAACUUGGGUCAAACGUUUCAGGCUUGUAGGCCUCCUUGCUCGCACACGCUUUUUCAGUUCUGCCCACAAAUGUUCUAUAGGAUUGAGGUCAGGGCUUUGAUGGCCACUCCAAUACCUUGACUUUGUUGUCCUUAAGCCAUUUUGCCACAACUUUGGAAGUAUGCUUGGGGUCAUUGUCCAUUUGGAAGAACCAUUUGCGACCAAGCUUUAACUUCCUGACUGAUGUCUUGAGAUGUUGCUUCAAUAUAUCCACAUAGUUUUCCUUCCUCAUGAUGCCAUCUAUUUUGUGAAGUGCACCAGUCCCUCCUGCAGCAAAACACCCCCACAGCAUGAUGCUGCCACCCCCGUGCUUCACGGUUGGUACGAUCUUUGUCCCCAUGUGCAGUUGCAAACCGUAGUCUGGCUUUUUAUGGCGGUUUUGGAGCAGUGGCUUCUUCCUUGCUGAGCGGCCUUUCAUGUUAUGUCGAUAUAGGACUCGUUUUACUGUGGCUUUAGAUACUUUUGUACCCGUUUCCUCCAGCAUCUUCACAAGGUCCUUUGCUGUUGUUCUGGGAUUGAUUUGCACUUUUCGCACCAAAGUACGUUCAUCUGUAGGAGACAGAACGUGUCUCCUUCCUGAGCGGUAUAACGGCUGCGUGGUCCCAUGGUGUUUAUACUUGUGUACUAUUGUUUGUACAGAUGAACGUGGUACAUUCAGGCGUUUGGAAAUUGCUCCCAAGGAUGAACCAGACUUGUGGAGGUCUACACAUUUUUUUCUGAGGUCUUGGCUAAUUUCUUUUGAUUUUCCCAUGAUGACAAGCAAAGAGGCACUGAGUUUGAAGGUAGGCCUUGAAAUACAUCCACGGGUACACCUCCAAUUUUCUGGAAUUUUCCAAGCUGUUUAAAGGCACAGUCAACUUAGUGUAUGUAAACUUCUGACCCACUGGAAUUGUGAUACAGUGAAUUAUAAGUUAAAUAAUCUGUCUGUAAACAAUUGUUGGAAAAAUUACUUGUGACAUGCACAAAGUAGAUGUCCUAACCGACUUGCCAAAACUAUAGUUUGUUAAAAAUAAAUUUGUGUAGUGGUUGAAAAACGAGUUUUAAUGACUCCAACCUAAGUGUAUGUAAACUUCCGACUUCAACUGUAUCAUUACAUAUAGCAUAUCAGUGUCCUUACUACUCAACAGACCGAUAAACACUGAUUGUUCUGCUCCUUGUCUAGCAACUUGAGUGUUGUUCUUGGUACCCACAACAUCAAGAAGGGCCUUGGGAAACCUGUCAGUUACAACGUGGAACGCAAAUGCAAACCCACCUCAUAUAAAGAUGUAAAGACGGGUAGUGACAUCAUGCUUCUAAAGGUAGGGCUUUAGUUAAAUAUAUUUAUUUCAAUAGGAUUUGUCUUCAUAUGACCAUUUACAGAGUAUCCUAAAAGUGCUAUAAGGUCAUAUACUUUCAUAACUGCUAAACAGAUUUUAAAUGUGUUUCAAGCUGUCUAGGAAAGCUAAAUUCAGCAAAUCCGUGACCAAAAUAAGGCUUCCAAACAAGGAUAAAGUCCUCAAACCCAACACAAAGUGCCUUGCUGCUGGAUGGGGCCCCACAAAAACAGGCGGCCCAAUCGUUGACAACCUUCAUGUGGUGGACGUGGAAGCCAUUGAUCUGAAGGUCUGCCAGGAGCAGUGGGAUUCCGUCAAUUUUAAACUUCCUGCCAAUGUCAUCUGUGCAGGUGGAUACAAUACCAACAAAGGCACAUGUCAGGUUUGUCUAAUUUAAUUCAAUUUACAUUCAAUACAUGUACAUCAUACAUGAAGAUCCAAAGCAAGAACCGGUAAGCAAUGUUUGGCCUAUAAGGUGAUUCUUGUCUCUCGCACAGGGGGAUUCUGGUGGUCCUUUGGUGUGCAAUGGAGAGGCAGUGGGCAUUGUCUCCUUCAACAUGUGGGGAAACUGUGACUAUCCCAAUGUGCCCAAUGUUUACACUCAGAUUUCCAAGUUCUUACCCUGGAUAAAGAACGUCAUCAAGAAGAAGUCAUGUUAAAAUGGAUACUUCGUUUGCUGCAAAAUUAUGCCUUUGGCUAUUACUUAUACCUGCUGAUAUUACUGGUUCUUUAGUCUGCUGUUAAACUUGUUACAUUGGCUGUCUAAGGCAUUACCAUGUACUGUAAGGGAAAUAAAUGUGUUAUUAAUUAUGG